UUCGUGGAAAAGAAAAGAAAAGAAAAGUAGAAUAAUUUUUCAGUCAAUAACGUGCACUAAUUACUCUCUACUUUUCAAAUCAAGAAACAUCCAAUUUGUUGUGAUGAAAAACGGAAUUAUAUUAUAGUGCAAAAAUGAAUGAAGAUGUGUCUGAUCCCCACCCAAAUAUUAAUCAUGCUGACCUCUCUUUGAAGCCAAGUAUGGAUGCAGAUGGUGAUCAACAUCAGAAGAAGUACUUAUACGAUGUUUUUAUCAGUUUCAGAGGAGAAGAUACCCGCAAAACUAUUACUAGUCAUCUUGAGAGAGCACUCAAGGAAAGAGGGAUUGAAACGUACAUCGACGAUAGACUUGAGAGAGGAGAAGAGAUUUCCAAAGCUCUUUUGGAUGCCAUUGAGGACUCCAAAUUCUCUAUAGUUAUUUUCUCCACAAAUUAUGCAACUUCGUCGUGGUGCUUGGAUGAGCUCGAGCAUAUUAUCCAAUCUAAGAAAGAGAAGAUGCAAAUUGUUCUGCCUGUGUUUUAUAAUGUAGAUCCGGCUAAUGUGCGCAAACAGAAAGAAAGUUAUGCAGAUGCGUUUGUGAAACUUGAACAGCGUUUUCCUGAUACCAAAACACGAAAAUGGAGGAGUGCUCUAACUGAAGCAGCUAAUCUUUCUGGAUGGCACAUUUCAGAAAACGACAACAGGAAUGAUGCUGAGUUAGUUGACGAAAUUGUCAAACAUAUUAGAGAGAAAUUGGAAACUCUUCAUUCACCAAUUGAUUAUUUAAAGAAAGGCUUAGUUGGAAUCGAUAAGCGCAUUAAAGAUCUCGACAAAUUGUUAGCAAAUGCUUCCAAGGUAGGAAUUUUUGGCACGGGCGGGCUGGGUAAGACCACCCUAGCUGAAGUUGUAUUCGAACGAUCUCGUCAUCAAUUUGAUCAUGGGUGCAUUUUAAAAGAUGUUCGAGAACAAAUCGAAAAAAAUGGAUCAAAUCAUUUGGCACAAGAUUUUGUCAAAAGACUAUCAAAGGAAGAAAAUGGAGAUUUCGAUGAUGCAAAAAAGAAAAUGCUAAGUCAGAAAAAGUUGCUGUUAGUUCUUGAUGAUGUGGAUUGCUUGGAACAUUAUGAAGCUUUGCUUAAAGAUGAACGUGAUUGGUUAAACUCUGAAAGUAAAGUUAUCAUAACAAGCAGAGAUAAACAACUACUUCGAAAUAUUGUUAGAGCCAACGAAAACAUAUACGACUUACAGAGACUAAAUGAAGAAGAAGCUCUUCAACUCUUCUUGUUGCAUGCUUUCAAAAGGGAAAAUGUUGAAGAAAAGGAGAGAGAAUUUUCAAGAAAGUUUGUAGACUAUGCUAAAGGUCUUCCAAUUGCUCUUAAAGUCUUGGGUUCUGAUCUUUAUUUAAAGAGUAUGAAUGAAGGGCAAAGCUUGUUGAGUAAGCUGAAACAAGUAGAACCCGAUCAAGUACAAAAGGUACUAAGAGUAAGUUUUGAUGGACUGGAAGAAAAAGAGAAGAGCAUAUUUCUUGUUAUAGCAUGUUUCUUUCGAGGUCAGGACAAAGAUUUUGUGAAAGAUAAAUUGGGUGGUCGUGGUUCUUUUGAUGCUGUUAUUGGAGUUCUUGUUGACAAGUGUUUGAUAACUAUAUCUAAAAGCACAUUUGCUCAUGGGCUAGUCCUUCAAGUGCAUGAUUUGUUACAUGAAAUGGGCCAGUCCAUUGCUCGUGGGUUAGGUCGUAAUCAUUUGCAAAAUCAUAGUAGAUUAUUGAUGUCUAAAGAUAUUUGCCACGUCUUGAAGAAUGAUAAGAAUUGGCGCGAAAGAUUGAAGAUGUUUAUAGUGUUAGCUGGUAGAUUGAAGAUUAAAUAGCUGAUGUUCUACACUUGAAUUUGGAGGAAAGCCACUAUGCAUUACACGAUUUUUUAAUUUCUUUUAUUAAUUAAUCCAGAAAUCCUUGCAUCUUGUAUAUGAAUUUUGUACCUUGUAAAGUUGUAAUAUUUUUACUUAAUCUAUCCUUCUUUGUUUUCGUCAUCAAUGUAAUGUAUAUAAUAUAUAUUUAUCAUAAGUUUAUAUUUAUUUUGAUA